CGAAGGGAUGCGGCGUUUUCCUGGGAAUUGUUAUCGCCGGCAAAGCACUUCUGUCGAGGGGAGGUGGUGAGAUCCUUUGAGACUGCAAAGACUAUUUAAAAAAGGAAGACGGCAUGAGACUGGAUUCAGUGCAGUAAAGUAGGUUAGUUUGAGGACAAGAAAAAAAGUCAUUAUUUAGACCUUCUUGUGUUGCCGUGAUGAGAACUUAUCAUUGCUUCUGGCUGCUGUUUUGGGCUGGUCAGCCCCACCAAAGUUUCUUAACUCCAUUAUCCAAAAGGACUAGUGGCUUUCCAGAAAAGGAAAAGGUUUUGGUAUUGUCUGGAAACAGCAGGCGAGACCUCCAUCGGUCCAAAAGGAGCUGGAUGUGGAAUCAGUUCUUUUUAUUGGAGGAAUACACAGGAACUGACUACCAAUAUGUUGGCAAGCUGCAUUCAGACCAGGAUAAAGGCGAUGGAUCACUUAAGUACAUCCUUUCUGGAGAUGGAGCAGGAGACCUCUUCAUUAUCAAUGAAAACACUGGUGACAUCCAGGCCACGAAAAGACUAGACAGGGAAGAAAAGCCUGUAUAUAUACUCCGUGCCCAGGCUAUAAACAGAAGGACUGGAAGACCAGUGGAACCAGAAUCCGAGUUCAUCAUUAAGAUCCAUGAUAUCAACGACAAUGAGCCAAUGUUUACAAAGGAUGUUUAUAAUGCCAGCAUUCCCGAAAUGUCAGAUGUUGGUACCUUUGUUGUGCAAGUCACCGCAACUGAUGCUGAUGAUCCUACGUAUGGGAACAGUGCUAAAGUUGUCUACAGCAUUCUCCAGGGACAACCAUAUUUCUCCGUUGAAUCUGAGACAGGCAUUAUUAAAACUGCUUUGCUAAACAUGGACCGUGAAAACAGGGAGCAAUACCAAGUGGUCAUCCAGGCUAAGGACAUGGGAGGACAGAUGGGCGGAUUAUCAGGAACCACUACUGUGAACAUCACACUGACUGACGUAAACGACAAUCCACCUCGCUUCCCCCAGAGCACAUACCAGUUCAGAGCUCCUGAGUCUACACCACCUGACUCACCGGUUGGCAGGAUAAAAGCUAACGAUGCUGACGUGGAUGAAAAUGCAGAGAUUGAAUACAGCAUCACUGAGGGGGAUGGAUAUGACAUGUUUGGAAUUACCACAGACAAGGACACACAGGAAGGAAUUAUAACUGUCAAAAAGGCAUUGGAUUUUGAAACUAAAAGCCUGUAUAUUCUGAAAGUGGAAGCUACCAAUACUCACGUGGACCCUCGAUUCCUCUACUUGGGGCCAUUCAAAGACUCAGCCACAGUCAGAAUUCAAGUGGAAGAUGUAGAUGAACCCCCUGUGUUCAGCAGACCAGCAUACAUAAUGGAAGUGAAAGAAGAUGUUCCAAUAAACAGUGUAAUAGGAACAGUAACUGCUCAGGAUCCAGAUGCCGCCAAGAACCCUGUCAAGUACUCUGUAGAUCGACACACUGAUAUGGACAGAGUAUUCAACAUCAACUCGGGAAAUGGUUCGAUAUUUACUUCAAAACCCCUUGACCGGGAAACACUGCUAUGGCACAACAUUACAGUAAUAGCAGCAGAGAUCAACAACCCAAAACAAAGCAGCCGUGUCCCAGUGUUCAUUAAGGUUUUGGAUGUAAAUGACAAUGCUCCAGAGUUUGCCAUGUUUUACGAGACCUUCGUCUGUGAAAAUGCAAAGGCAGAACAGCUGAUACAAACAUUAAGUGCUGUUGAUAAAGAUGAUUCUUACAGCGGACAUCAGUUUUCAUUCUCCUUAGCUCCUGAGGCAGCCAGCAGCUCAAACUUUACACUACAGGACAACAGAGACAACACAGCAGGGAUUUUCACCCGAAAAACCAGAUAUAACCGGCAUGAAAUGAGUACCUACUUCUUGCCAGUGGUAAUAUCAGACAAUGACUACCCUAUCCAGAGCAGCACUGAAACAGUGACUAUUCGAGUAUGUGCUUGUGACCAUCGAGGAAAGAUGCUGUCCUGUAAUGCAGAAGCCUUGGUUCAUCCUACUGGUCUUAGCACUGGGGCUCUUAUUGCCAUUCUUCUCUGUAUUAUUAUAUUACUAGUUACAGUGGUGCUGUUUGCAGCGCUGAGGCGGCAGCGGAAAAAAGAGCCUUUGAUUAUUUCCAAAGAAGACAUCAGAGACAACAUUGUCAGUUAUAAUGAUGAAGGCGGUGGAGAGGAAGACACCCAGGCAUUUGAUAUCGGCACACUGAGGAAUCCCGAAGCCAUAGACGAUAAUAAAUUGCGCAGAGACAUUGUGCCCGAAACACUUUUUAUGCCACGGCGGACUGCAACAGCGCGAGAUAACACGGAUGUCAGAGAUUUCAUUAACCAAAGGUUAAAGGAAAAUGAUACAGAUCCAACGGCACCCCCGUAUGACUCGUUAGCGACCUACGCGUAUGAAGGUAAUGGUUCUGUGGCCGAGUCCCUCAGCUCCUUGGAGUCGGUGACUACGGACGGAGAUCAGGACUACGAUUACCUCAGUGACUGGGGGCCGCGGUUUAAAAAGCUGGCAGAUAUGUAUGGCGCAAUGGACAGUGACAAAGACUCUUAAUAUGUUGCCUUUUUCUUUUUUUCUUUCUUUUCUUUUCUUUUUUCCCCUUCCUCAUUUUCAGAAACAGCAUUGAGAUAUGUGAAGUGGCUAUUUUCUUUCCUUCUCCACAACUGUGCGAAGGGGUUCUCUGGUCUACCCGUUCAAAUUGUCUAAUGACUGCAGUCUGUGUGGAUCAGCUGUCAGAAAACUUUUUCUAGUAUCAUUUUAUGAGCUUCCAAGAGGCAAAAUUCUUAUUUUUUAGUGCAUCCAGUUUACCAAGCCAAUCUUACAGGCAUGGCAGUAGUGGAGGGGAAAAAAAGGAUCAGAUGGGGAGCAAUAUUUUUACUUGUUCUGCUUAUAUUGUAAAUUGGAGUAUAUUACUGUUUAAGCUCACUUGCUCUUUUUACUUGUAUUCAGACUAUUCAGCUCAGAUGGCUGCUCUGUUGAUUGUGUAUUGCACAUCCCAAUGUAAUGAGGUACCCUAGUUUACCCUAUGUAUUAUAGUCAAAAGUAGUGGUGAUGGAAUGAAGGUUUAUUAUACAAGUAGAGUAAGCUGAGAAAAAACAUGAAACAUGCAUUUUACUCAUGAGGAGGGUAGAAAGGCCUAAUGGUAAUUGAAAUCUAAGUGUUUUUCUAGAACUUGCCAUUGCCCCCAAUGCACUGAAUCAUACUAACACACACAUAUAUAUAGUUCAUUGACUGCUAUGUAUAUAUUCUGACCUAGCAUUGCUGGAGAGAUGUGCGUGCGUGCAUGUGUGCGUGGUCACUAGACCCAGUAUCCAGUUCUUUGGUGGUUUCCCAGUUCUAACCCAGACUUGCCUUUUGAUAUGGGGAAAGUCAUCUAAUCCAACUCCAGAUUAGAUCAUGAUGUGGAGGAAGGAGCAGAUCAUAACUGCGCUGUGUACUUCUUUGGUCAGCCUCCACCUGCACUUCAGUUCAGUGGUGGCCACUGAGCUGGAGAGGUGGGUGGGAGUCAGGCUUUUCAUAUCCACCUCCUCCUGCCUGUUCUCAUGUGCAGGAGUGGAGUCGUAGCCUCAGGGUGUCUGCCACCCCUUGGGGCAAAAGGAGCAACUGCAAAGGAGGAGAGAGUGCUUUUCUUCUCCUGACCUUCCCUGCCUGGAUGCCCAGAGUGGCUUCCUGACUGACUCUCUGCCCAGUUCUGCUAUCUGUAAAGUGGGGAAAUAAUGCCUACCUCAUCAGGAUGUUGCAAGAAUUAUAUAAGUCAUUCGGAAAAUGCUUUAGAGAUGGAAAGUACUGGCAUUCUGCCAGAGGAAGCAAUUUCUCAUGCUUUUGGUGGUUGUUUUCUUUUUCUUUUCAGGUUCAAGGCCUGAAUGCACAAGUUAGCAAGAAUCAAUUGUCAUUCCAGUGGCCUGAAAAGUGGGGUUUAUAACGAUAACUCAUUUUUUAAAAUAAACUACUCAGCCGAGGUGGUUAAAAACUUCAACAAAAGUUAAAAUUUUAAUCACAAGUCUCUCUCUGUGUGUCCAUCUGCUUUGCCAAGCUAAUUUUUGUCCAGGGGCGGGGUGGGGGAAGAUGCCGUAGUCUCAGGCCAAAACAAUUUUCUUUAUAGCUUGUGCACCACUCAGCAUUUCUGUUGGUUUGUCAAACGCAUACAAUUGCUGCUCUUCAAAUCCAGCCAUUAGGAGAGGCUAUCUGGAGAAAAAAUUAAGGGGCUGCCAUGGGACGUAUCACCUAAAAGCUACCCUGUGUGCCAAAGUCACACAGCCCAUGGCACUGUGUCAAGGAAGAAGGAAUUCCUUUUCAUAAAAAAAAAAAAAAAAAAAAAAAAAUUUAACAUACCUCAUACAUAACUAAUCUCAUUUAUUUAAUUUUGAAACAAUAUUUAAUACCAGAAUUAUAGGCAUGGAUCUAUUUUCCCCUUUCCCUGAAUCGUCUGUGAAUCAGUUUGAAAAUUGAACAACAGCUCCAAUUUACUCUAAAAAUAAAGAGAGAAGGGAAAAAAGUUAAUAAACAGAAAAUUAAAAGGGAUUAAAAAUUAAUCCCUGGAAUUCAUUACUCCUAGAGAGUUAAAUAAAGAGAGCAGUAAGAUUCCCGAGUAUUCGAUUUUUACAAGCAUGAUGACAUAAAUUUCAGGUUUUCUGAGCCGUGCUGCGGUUCCAGCUGAGACUGGGAAGGACUCCCUCGUGGUGGGGACCACUGCACAUGUGGAAGUUAGGGGAAGGCAUCUAAUGGCUUGCAGGUGCCCAGCACGAUAGGUUAGAUGGGUUUUCAGAGUGGAGGAGCCCAAAGUUUCAAAGGGUCCUGAGCCCCCAGUGUCACUGAGCUCUCACUCAGGGUGCUUCAGUUCAGCAGAGCGAGGUGCCCAGCUCCACUGGGGCUGAGCCUUUCACACCUGUCACAAUGGCAAUGGCACAACUAGGCCCUCCUGUCAGUAAUUUAAGAUAAUAAAAGCCUUGGAAAGUCUAGCCCUUCGUGGCUUCCUUGAAAUCAGAGCAUACAAGAAGCAACCUGUCUGAAACCUGGCUCACAGGAGGGACCAUCUGGAUUUCAGAUACAUGGAGGAGCAGCAGAUGCUCAGCACCACCUGCCACAGGUCCCUCACUUCAGCUGCUUUCAUACAGUCGGUGGAGGCAGCGUACCCCUCGGGGGGCUCUUCCAAAGAGCUCCCUGACACACUCCUGUGUCUCACCCCUUGUUGCAUGGGGGUUGCCUCAAGCAAAUCACCUCAAGCUCAAGAGUCCAGUCGGACACCCAAAGCCAUCCCUUCCCCUCCUCGGGCCCUGAGGAGAGAGAUUUGCGUGUGGAGGGGAUGGCAGAGGUGGCUGUGAAACCACACACCUACUUGGCCCUGCUCACACCAUCACUUGACUGAAGACAGACCUUGCACCCUGAACGGGCUGGGCCACCCUGCAGGUCAGCUUGCAUGAGUCACUACUUGGGGUGAAAUAACAAGACAGGAGGAUCACUGAUCUUGUAACUACUUUCCUAUAUUUGUAAAGUGAUUUUGUCUGAUUUAGUGAUUGUUAGUAGCAGUCCAAGCUCAACUUUUUUUUUUCGUUUUUUUAAUUUGAAUUGAAAGCUGGUUUUAUCUUGUCCAUUGAGUGACACAGUAAAUAAUAGAGAGUGGCUACUCAUGCCUGUUGUGUAAAUAUUUUAUAUAUAAAAUUAUGUUAUGUCACCACAAAUAUGGUGCCUGAAUAGCAAAUGGAUUCUUCUAAGGAAAUUCUAGGCGAACUCGCAUCCAAAUUUUUAUUUAUGCAUCUAUAUUUUAAGGUCUAUUUUUUUCCUGCAAAUUAGACAGAUUUAGCAUUUCUGACACAGCAAGAAGAGUUCAAUACUGUCUUUUCUUCUUGCUUGGCAGUACCACAAAGUGCAAUUUAUAAAAUCAGUACUGCAUAUUAAAUAUUGAAAGUGCCAUAUUGCAGUGAAUACAAAACUUUGCAGUAGUAUUUCUUUGUACCUUGUUGCAUGCCGGCGUGCUAGAUGAUAGAAAUGAGUAUUUAACAGUGCUUUCACACAGUGCUAGAAUUGCCAUUUAUAGAUAAACAAGUGUUAGACUGUGGCCUACGAAGUGUGUUUGAAGGCUGUUUUAAGCCUGCUCUUCUUGCAACCACACCUAUUUGAGAAGAAGAAAUAUUAUUAGGAAGUUUAGCUAAGCCAGGUAGAGAGAUGAGCAACGCAGUUGGCUUUUAAUUAGGAAAAACAUCUGAUCUAACAGCAGAGGACCUAUUCAAAGAUACCAAGGACUUCAGUGGAGUUAUCAUGAUACAGAGGCAUGUUUACACAGGAGAUGUUUGCAGGCUUGCUACUGCAGAACAGUCAUAUCUCUGCACUUGAAAUGGAAUAAGGUUUCUAGUACAACUAUUCCAUCCCAGCUCCCAAACCAGCCACUUUAUUCCAGAAAAAGGAAUUUUUUUACUCCAGAAUAAUGAUCAUUUCAGGUUAAAAACUAUACCAUCCCACGGCAGCACGUAUCUCCAACUGCAGUUGUGCCAGGACAUGUCUCUGUGUAGACAGGUGCUUUUAAGAGAGCUGAGGGAGAAACUUGCAGCAAGCUCUGAAAAAGGAAUUCGGGGGGUUCCACGGGGCUCUACUGACAGUACCACAAGACUGGGAUGCGUUCCCAAAGCUGAUGUUGACAGACAUGCUGUCUAACAAUGAGAAAAACAAGUUGUCUGUGUGUUUCAGUUAUUUUUUGUUAAAAAAAAAAAAUCUGGGAAAAAUUCUGAGUAGAAGAGGAACACUUCACUUGUACCAACACCAUUUUUAAAAAAAUUUAUCCUAAGAAACAGGUAUAUUUUUCUGACUUUUUUUUUAAAUUUCAUUAGUUGUUAGAUCUUACUUCAUUCUAUAGACAGGUGUUUCCUGGCUGUUAAAUGUGAAUGGGAGAGGCAACCUCCCAGAGAUCCAGUUUUGGAAGUAGCAGGCUACAUUACAAGGCACAACAUAUCCAUUUCUCUGCCCCAAAACAAACAAAAACCCCACAAAAAACAAUUUACUGAAAAUUUUUAGUAUUGCAAAAAGCAGAAUGGUCAUAAAAAAGUAGAGCAGGGAGAAAUGGCUUUGAGAAUGUGUGCCUGCACACGUGCAGUAUGAAUAAAAAGAAGGGAAAUAAUGAACACUGGAAGCUGGCUGUGCUUCAAAAUCAGACUUACUCAUGUUGAGCAAGGACAACAGUGCAUAGUCACUUCUAACACUUCCAGGUUUCCUACAGUAGCCAAAGGGAGAUUUGCAUGGAUAGGAAGAAAGACAUCAUCUUUUUCAGACCAACUACAUUAAAUCCAGGUCAUUUCCAUGCAAAUUUCUAGGAAAGAAAGUCCCUUUGUCAUUAUUAUUAUUAAAACAUGUUAAAUUACUGCAGCAGAUCUAUCAUAAUGGACUUCUGCAGGGUGAAUUGUGGGCAGUGAUUCUGAGCAGGUAACUCUCUGAGAAUACCACUGUGUUAGCUCGUCCUGCCACCAUCCGUUUUAAAUCUCUGCAUGUUUCCUUUGGCUAUAAGUAGUAUUGAAGUGUUUCAAAAAACCUCUGUCCCAACUGGAUGCUGCCAUGCCCUGGCCAUUUGUGUUUCAAUUAACACCAUAGUCUGAACUCCUUGUCAAAUGAGAGCUACUUCCAGUAAGUAUGAACUAUAUCGUAAGUUGUGAGGGGCAGGGUUUUUUCCACCCCUCUAGACCUGUGAAACAGCAGCCUCCUCCAAAGCCACAAUGUUUUUUAUUUUGAGUUUAGUCUUCAGAAAGACUUGUUUUCUAAGAGAUUGUUUCUGUACUUAAGAAAAAAGAGGAACAAAAACAUAUUUAAUGUCUAUAGCCUCAUGCAUUGGUCCAGGAGGGGAAAAAAAAACAGCAGCCAACGCAAUGUUUUAAUGCCGGUCUCUCCCUUCAGUAGUUUUGUUUAAGCACAGCUGAGACAAUCUUGACCCUGCCCAUCAUUUCACCAUGUUACACUUUUCAGCCCAGACCUGCAUUUGUCAUGCACUAAACACUUUCCUGAAUAGUUUGUUAAAUUCCACAGUAGGUAUCUGAAAGCCAUGACUGGGGUUAACAGGGAGUACAAGAGUCAGAGAACUGGGAGUUUCAGGAAGAACAGAAAGUGAAUUGCAUGGGGAGGGAGGGGGGAGGUAAUCAGUCACAUGCAAGGCAGGCCCAUGGCACUUAGAAGCCACAAAGCUGUCACAUUAUGCAUAGAGUCACUGGAUUUCAAAGGAGCUUUUACAGAACCUGUUCUUAUGUUUUUUUCCCUGCAUGUGUCUUUUGCUUUCUUCAUGAAAAAAAAAAAAGAAGAAAAAAAAAAGGAGCUGCUAACUUCAAAUUUCUCCUUCCACAAAGUCGAUUUGACAAGUAAGGCAUAAGUCCAGCGUAUAGAGAAAUCCUCUCCACUCCUAUGGGCUUUUGACCUUUCCUAUGAGACUGCACUAUUAUGUAAAUAUACCUGGAGACACUUUCUAUAAGCUUUUAGUUUUCUACUAACUGUUACUUUAGUGUUUAUUAAAGAAACAAAUGUAUAGAAUUAUUAAGCAUUCAGGUGAACACAACACAGAAAUGACACUGCAAACACAAAAUUGUACUGGAUUUUGACACAUAAAAAUCUCUUCAGAAUCACUGUACUGUUUUAAUUCUGUGAUUACUUUCAUUGCUUUGAAAAAUUAAACUUAAAAGAAAGGCCUUAUAAUAAAUGCUAUGUGCAUCUUAACUGUGUUACUGAGCAAAAUCAAUCUGGCAAACUCCUAUUGCGAUUUGUGAUUUUUAAACCCUUAAAAUAAAUGUUUUUCUGUA